AGAAGAUCUAAAGGAAGAGACCAAGUUGGAAGAAGAAGACUCCUCUGUGCUCCAGACUCAACAAUCAACUGAUGAAGCCGGAGAAGCAGAAGAAGAAGAGUCCAAGCCUAAACCAAAAUUAUUUAUGCCAAAUAUUGCACCCAAAAUGCCUGAUGGUGAAAAAGUUGACUUUGAUGAUAUUCAGAGGAAACGUAUGGAAAAGGAUCUCGUGGAACUUCAAGCUCUCAUUGAGGCUCAUUUCGAGAGAAGGAAAAAGGAAGAAGAGGAGCUUAUUGCCUUAAAAGAGAGAAUUGAAAAGCGCAGAGCGGAAAGGUCGGAGCAACAACGGAUCCGAGCAGAGAAGGAGAAGGAACGGCUGAACCGAGCAGCAGAGGAAAGGGCUAGAAAAGAAGAGGAGGAACUUCGAAAGAAGGUAGAAGAGGAUUUCAAGAAGAAGAAAGUUCUGUCCAAUAUGUCACUGCAUUAUGGAAGCUACCUGCAGAAGUCUGAGACCCGUAAAGGUGGCAGGAAGCAAACUGAGAGGGAAAAGAAAAAAAAGAUUUUGGCAGACAGGCGCAAACCUCUCAAUACCGAGAACCUUGGCGAAGAAAAACUCAAGGAGAAGGCAAAGGAGCUCGUGGAUUGGUUGCUGCAGCUUGAGGGAGAGAAGUUCGAUCUAUGUGAAAAACUGAAAAGACAGAAAUACGAACUGACAACUCAGCAUUGA